AUGCGAGGCGUAAACAGAGCUGCGUGCACUGCAAUUGCAAUUCGACUGGCACAGUUUCACGCGAUCGUUUGUGUCGUGAAGAGCGUUUGUUUCUACCGCCACUUUUUCCACAUUUGGGUGUGCCGAUUCCACAGCUCUCCCCGUCUUUGUGCGUUGCUUGUGUGUAUUUGACUUCGUAUAUGUGUUAGAAAAAGAGAAAAAGCAAAGUUCACAGCACAAAAUUUAAACGAAAAACUGCAAAACUGCUUCGGUUAUUGUUUACAAUCAAAAAGUCGCAACAAAGAUGUUGCUACACGAUUCAAGGAAAGUGGGCACCUAUGACACGGAACUUGAAAGGACACGCCUACAAAUACAACAUAUUUCGCAAUGGUUGAAGGAGAACCCUAAUGUAAAUGCCAAUAGCGACUUUGGGAAUUUGCUGUUCUUUUUACGAAGUUGCAAAUAUGAUUUGGAACGAACAAAGAAAAAAAUAAAACACUUCUAUCAAAUGCGUGCGGAGCGUGUAGAGUGGUUCGCCAACAGAGAUCCCUUUUUACCAGAAAUACAAGAACUUUUGAACCUGGGUGUAUUUCUACCAGUCGAUGGUGUUGAUUCAAAAAAUCGGAAGGUGGUUAUAAUACGUGCUGCUGCGCACGAUCCAAAACUGCAUUCUCAAAAUAACGUUUUCAAGGUCAGUAAAAUGGUCUUAGACUUACUACUAAAAUUCGAGCCAGAUAAUUGUGGGCAAGGAAUUGUGGGAAUUUUUGAUAUGACGGGCGUUCAGUUGGGUCAUGCUCUGCAAUUGAAUCCGAGAUUAAUAAAGCGUUCUGUUGAAAGUUGGCAAGCUUAUCCAUGCCAACCAAAGCUUUUGGAGUUUAUAAAUGCGCCUACUCACGUGAAUAUCUUUCUGAAUACUUUCAGAUUAUUUAUGACACAGAAAAUGCGUUCUCGCGUUGUUGUACAAAAACGUUCAACUACAGUUGUGUGUGCUAAAUUACCGAGAGAUAUCGGAGGAAACGGACCCAGUUACAAGGAACUUGCUGCUAAAUGGAAACAACUAGUGGAGGAAAACGUCAACUUCUAUCAGGAGUAUGAAAAAUACAAAAGUAUGUUGCCAACUUGAACCAAUUUCGUAAACCAUCGAGAGAAGUAAUUACAAAUAUCACUCGUUCGCAUUCAUUCCUCUUAAAACAAAUACUUUUUGUUUUGUUUAGUGUUUAGCAGUUAGCAAAAUAAUAUUGAUUAAGGUUAAGAGUACUAAAAAUGGUAAUGAAAUAUAAAAUGGUAGUGUAUAUAUGCUUUCACACAAAAAGUAAGAUAUGAUUAAGUUUAGAUUGUUUAAUUUAUUGUAGCUGUAAUUUACAUAUCCGCAUACAUAUGUAGGUAUAUGGGUAGUAUUUAAUACUUUUAAUUCAUAUAAAUAUGGUAUAUAUAUUAUUUCUAAGCUGUACGAUUACAUUGUUAAUAUAGGUAUUUUUAGAUAAAUGCUGUAUAUACUUGUAUGUGUAUAAAUUAAGUAUGAAAAUAUAUAUAUGAUAUUUCUUAAUUUUUAUUAGUAUUAGCUUAUGUGAUAAUAUUUCCAAAAUAUAUGUUUCUAAUUUACAUACUUAUGUAUGUGUACCCCUUUAAAAUACACAUCUUUGUAUAUACUAUAUUGUGAUAUACUAAAUUAAGUAUGAAAAUAAAUGUAACCUUGCUGGUUCUGAACUUUUCGCACAUUAAUAUUCGAAAAUAAAAGUAUGUUUUCACGAAUCUACAGGGGAGUUUUAGACAAAAAUUAAACUACCAAAAUAUCCUGCACUCAUGCUUUAGCUAAACUCUUGACCGAGUUUACCCUCUUACUAGUUUUCUCUUCAAUAAUAUUGGAAAUCGUAAAUAUACUUAUAUAUAGUAUAUAUGUAUAUAUAUAAGUACAUUUAAAUGUAUCUGUUUAACCGUCAUUAGUUAAAUUAAAUGUAAGUUUCCUGUCAAUAAAUGUUUCUAAUUUACAGAAAGGACUUUAUAGAUAACGCAGAUUUGCAAUACAAAAUUUAAUCGCUUAUAUUUAGCGU